UGGCGUGUCCCCCGAGGGCCGUGCUGGCCGCAGAGGCUCCAGCCCUAGGCCAGCUGCCGCCCGCCCGUGGCCUCCUGGGUGCCGGCCGGACUCGCGGAGGUCACAGUCCAUGGGGAUGCCUGGAGGAGGGACAGUGUCAGAGCCGCAGGCUGCUCCCAGCCCCCCGGAGAAGCCGCCCAGCACGGCCAUCCUGUGUAACACCUGCGGGAACGUGUGCAGGGGCGAGGUGCUGCGGGUGCAGAACAAGUACUUCCACAUCCAGUGCUUCAUCUGCAAAGCGUGCGGCUGUGACCUGGCCGAGGGCGGCUUCUUCGUGCGGCAGGGCGAGUACAUCUGCACGCAGGACUACCAGAGGCUGUAUGGGACCCGCUGCUUCAGCUGCGACCGCUUCAUCGAGGGCGAGGUGGUGUCGGCUCUGGGCAAGACCUACCACCCGGACUGCUUCGUGUGUGCUGUCUGCCGGUCGCCCUUCCCGCCGGGGGACCGAGUGACCUUCAACGGCAAGGAAUGCAUGUGCCAGAAGUGCUCCCCUCCCAAGUCAGCGGGCAGCAGCGUGCCCCUGUGCCAGGGCCUCUGGAGCUGCGGGGGCUGCGGAGCCGAGAUCAAGAACGGCCAGUCCCUGGUGGCCUUGGACAAACACUGGCACCUGGGCUGUUUCAAGUGCAAGACCUGCGGCAAACAGCUGAACGCGGAGUACAUCAGCAAGGAUGGACUGCCCUACUGCGAGGCUGACUAUCACACCAAGUUCGGGAUCCGCUGCGACGGCUGUGAGAAGUACAUCACGGGACACGUGCUGGAGGCCGGGGAGAAGCACUACCACCCUCUGUGCGCGCUAUGUGUCCGGUGCGGCCGGAUGUUCGCAGAAGGCGAGGAGAUGUACCUGCAAGGCUCCUCCAUUUGGCACCCGGCCUGUCGACAAGCAGCCAGAACUGAAGAUAAAAACAAGGAAACCAGGACGUCCUCAGAGAGCAUCAUUUCGGUACCUGCUUCCAGCACCUCGGGGUCUCCAAGCCGCGUGAUUUAUGCCAAGCUGGGCGAUGAGAUCCUGGACUACAGAGACCUGGCCGCUCUCCCUAAGAGCAAGGCCAUCUACAACAUCGACCGCCCCGACAUGAUCUCCUACUCGCCUUACAUCAGCCACUCGGUGGGGGACCGGCAGAGCUACAGCGAGUCCCCCCAGCUGCUCUCGCCAACGCCGCCCGAGGGGGAGCAGGACGACCGCUCCUACAAGCAAUGCAGGACCUCCAGCCCCAGCUCCACCGGGUCGGUCAGCCUCGGCCGAUACACCCCGACCUCGCGGUCACCCCAGCACUAUAGCCGUCCAGCUGGUACUGCGAGCGUCGGUACCAGUAGCUGCCUGUCCCUGUCCCAACACCCAAGCCCUUCUUCCGUGUUCAGACAUCAUUACAUCCCGUACUUCCGAGGCAGUGAAAGUGGCCGGAGCACUCCCAGCCUCUCUGUGCUCUCAGACAGCAAGCCUCCCCCCUCCACCUACCAGCAGGCUCCUCGCCAUUUCCACGUCCCAGACACUGGCGUCAAAGAUAACAUCUAUAGGAAACCCCCCAUCUACAAGCAGCAUGCCGCGAGGCGAUCCGAUGGGGAGGAUGGAGGUUUCGACCCGGAUAACAGGAAGCAGAAGACCAGCUGGCUGAUUCUCAAGGAAGAGGCAGACACGAGGACCAACUCUCCAGACCUAGACAGCCAGUCUUUGUCCCUCAGUAGCGGGACCGACAGAGGCCCUCCCCAGACGGUUCCAGGGGACAACUUCUACUCACGGCUCCCCUAUUCCAAGUCUGACCCUGUCUCAGGACAUGGCAAGAAUGGCUUGGACCACCGGAAUGCCAAUGUGGGCCCUGGUGGAGCAGACCCGGAUGCCGGCUGGGGCACGCGAGAAUACAAGAUCUAUCCGUAUGAUGCCCUUAUUGUCACAAACCGGAUCCGAGUGAAGCUGCCCAAGGACGUGGAUCGGACGCGACUGGAGAGACACCUGUCGCCCGAGGAGUUCCGAGAAGUGUUUGGGAUGAGCAUGGAAGAGUUCGACCGCCUGGCCCUCUGGAAGAGGAACGACCUCAAGAAGAAAGCCCUGCUGUUCUGAUGCUGCUGGGGGGUGGGGGGCCCUGCCCACGGGUGUGCCUGCGGGAACCACCAGACCCCCCUCUCUUGCCCUCGGCUCUGGCUUCUCUGUGUCCACCGUGGGCGGGUGGGCGGUGGGCGCCUAGGAAGGGCCGGUUGGGGGGCACUGGGGGCGGGAGGAGGUCCCAUAGCAGGUAGAGCCCCCGUUUCUGGUUUCUGCCAGCACCGCCCCCACGCAUAGUCUGCCGCCCAGACCCCUGGCUUUGCACUGUCCUACCCCGCUGCCGCUUGCCAUCAGGAAGGAAGAUGCGGCGAGGUCGCUGCCCAGAGACGCAGGACCACUUAGACGCACGCAGCCCACCCUCCCACCUCCCUGCAGUGCCCUCCCCGCACUGGGCCCCCGGGGUACACAGAGGACGGGAGUGGACGCCUGAGGGGCUUAAUCAGUGACGGGCGCUGACGGGUUACGGUGUGGGCACCCUGCUCCUGGUGUCCAUGGCCCCGCUUCCCUGCUCAGCCUGGGAGGCACGGCCUGGCACACAGGCCCCCGUCCCCCGCCCCGGGCCUCCCCGGGGCCGUCAGAAGCAUGGGGGGCAGUUUGCAGCCUUCGUGAUGAAUCUGUGUUUAGGGAGGACCUUCAACCCGAAGGCGCACCUUCUGCCGGGGAUCCCGUGCGCUGCGUUCCUCUUCCAGGUCAUCCCUUAGAUGCCUAAACGAUAUCUUUAAAGUUAACACAGAAGUUUUUAUUUUGUUAAAGAGUAGAGCCUACUUAAACACAAAGACGACAUAUAUAAAGAGUUUAAUUUUAUGGUCCCGCUGAAAGGGAGCGCGCCAGCCUUAUUCUCCACCGUCGCAUCUGUGUUCCAGGUUUCAUGUGUGUUCCUAAUACACAGGACUCCUUGUCCGUUUCCUUUGUGCUUUUUUUUUCUUUUUUUUCUUUUUGGCCUGUCACACAGGCACCCCGAAAGGCAGAAACCCGCCCACACGCCCCAUACCGCGGUUUGUAAGGACCCCUUAAGUACGGCCACACUGUUUCUCGCUGUCGUUUUCCAAGUCUUGCAGAAAACAUCCUCCCCUGAUGGCCAAAGCCCCCCAGUUAAGGGUUCCCAUGGUCCCGGAUAACGCUUGAUGCAGCUUUCAGCGCACCCUCUUCGUCACGUGGCCGGUGGAGUCCCCCUUUGCCCCCCUCUCCCCGUAAACCCCCCGGCGAGGGAAGGCUGGUGUCCAGUCCUGAGACCGACGACACCCGGACCCUCCGGGAAGACGGGAUGGGAGAUGCUGCCGAGAUCGGCCAAGUCGGCAGGGAGACCUGCCAACCACGCGGGUAGAGUGUGGUUACCUGAACGUUUGUACAAUGCAUCGAGGGGCCUGUGAAACACUGCACGGUGUCCCGGAGUGUGGGCCCCGCCUUCGUGCCCCGCGUCCGUCUGUGCGUCCUGGACGUCCGUCUGUUCCGUCCGCGUGACUCCGCCCCUGUAGUCCUGCUGUGCGCCCGGCUCUCCAGCGAGGCUUGGCCUGGGAGGGGGUUUCUCAGCACCAAGCAUAUGCUUCCCUCCGUGUCGCGAUCUGAGCCCGAGCCGCUGGAAACCCCUAUUUUCUCACUAGUGAGCGUCUUGUCAGACCAGGGGAGCCUGGAAAAAAUAAAGGAUGAUGUAUUCUAACUUGUGAAAGUGAAAA